AUUAAUUUUAGAAAGUAUACUGAGACUUCUGUUAUCGCUACUGUUCUCGAUCAGUUGAAUAACGUCAUAAUUUAAUUUGUAAACUAUAGCCGUGUAAACUGUAAACUAAGUUUGCAAGUUGUGUAAACUAAUGUCAAACUCAAUGUCUUCUUUUUGUUAAGUUGAACUGCUUUGCAGUCCGUAUAAUUAUUAAGUUCUUAUAAUAUAAAUUAAUACUGUAACUUGUAAUCCGAUUGCUGAAUUAGGGCUAAGACAUCGUACUAAUCCUUUGCGUAUUUUCGAGAAAGAUGCCGUUACCUAUCAUUAUCAAGUCAUUACUUCCAACAGUGAAUCAACGUUACCACUCCACCGUCCACGACAUAGGCUUCUCACGGAAAAAAUUAACUUUAAGCCUAAUAUUGAAAUAUUUUAAAUUAAACACACAAAACUAAGUCGAGUUUCCUCUACUGUUUUAUCAUUACUGCUACUAGUGGUAGUACAACUAGUACUAGUUCUUCUGCUUCAGAAAGUAAUAUAAGGCUGCAUGUUUCUUAACCAUGAAGAUCUUUAAAGCGAAAAUCAUAGUUAUAAAUAUAUAAAUGUUGGAGGUAUCCUACACUUUACAAAAUUUAAAAUUCAAAAACAGCUGAAAUGGGAUAGAAAAAUAUAUUUAAAAACAAUGUUUUGCCACAGUUAACGUUGCAUCAUCAGGUAUUGAGCAUAAUUGUACAUGACACUUAAGUACACCCAAUUGGUGAUGUCAACCAUAUAACCAGAAACUUAUUAAGUGAUUCUCUCUAUAAUUUUUUGAAAUCUAGUGAUACAAAAAUACCUUACAUUUAUGGGUUGCCUAAGAUACAUAAACGAGAUGUACCUCUCAGACCUAUUGUAUCUACUAGAGGAGCAUUUGACUGUAGCCUAGGUUAUCUAGCAUCAAAAAUAAAAAUAACUUGAGUGGGAUCAAAUUAUGGCCCCUGCAAGAAGUCGAGGAGCUGUUGCAAGAAAAUUGGCUGCUCCAAACAAGAAGAAUAGCAAUAAAAGUGCACCACAAAUAGUUCACCAGAAAAAAGCAGUGCCUGUUGAUAAUGAAGAAAUAUUAGCUCCAUGGACUCCAUCAUCUUACACAGCCUUUAAAGCAUUGUUAUCUGCUAGGUUAUGUGCAGCAGUAUGGAGUAAUAUUUCAGAUUGUGAUGAAACCUUCAACUACUGGGAGCCAACACACUACCUUAUGUAUGGAAAAGGAUUUCAAACAUGGGAAUAUUCUCCUGUAUAUGCAAUACGUUCCUACACGUACCUGUGGUUGUAUGCUCUUCCUGGAUUGUUUUACAGUUCUUUACUUCAAAGUAAUAAAGUCCUUGUCUUCUACUUCUUAAGAUGCCUCUUAGGUUUGUGUUGUGCCUGCUGUGAAGUCUAUUUUUACAGAGGAGUUUGUAGCCAUUUUGGUGCUCAUGUGGGUAGAAUGACCCUGGUCUUUCUUUUGAUGGCAGCAGGAAUGUAUGUAUCAUCUACGGCUUUUCUUCCAAGCACCUUCACCAUGUACUUAACAAUGGUGUCUUUUGGUGCAUGGUUUCUUCACCAGUAUGAGAUAGCUAUACUAGCAACUGCUGUUAGCUCUCUUGUUGGAUGGCCUUUUGUUGCUAUUCUGGGGCUGCCUUUGGCUUAUGAUGUGUUAGUAAACAAAAGAGACUUUGCUUUAUUUCUUAAGAUUUCCAGCUUCUCUUUUGUAGGUGUUAUGAUUCCUCUUGUGUGGUUGGACAGUUAUCAUUAUGGUCGCCUAGUCAUCGCACCAGCUAACAUAGUCUUGUAUAAUGUCUUCAGUGAACAUGGACCAGAUCUUUAUGGAAUUGAACCAUGGUAUUUCUACUUUGUGAAUGGGUUUUUGAACUUUAACUUCGUCUUCAUAGCUGCAAUAGUUGCUUACUUUGUUUUGGUCUUACUUAGGUUUGUUUUGAAUAUUCCAAGAGGUCAUCAUUUACAGCCAUCAUUGUGGUUGUGCCUACUUCCUAUGUAUCUAUGGAUUGUUGUUUUCUUUACUCGUCCUCAUAAGGAAGAACGGUUCUUGUUUCCUGUCUAUCCCCUUUUUUGUUUGGCUGCAGCAGUAACAGUUGAUGGAAUUCAGAAAUUGUUCUUUCAUGUGUUUGUGAUACAGAAGAUACGUCAUUAUCUUGAUUCAACAAACUGGAUUGCUGUGGUUGUUGCUGUUUUAUGUUCUUCACUUUCUAUUUCAAGAGCAGUAGGCCUUUACAGAGCAUACCAUGCACCUAUGGAAACCUACUUGGAAUUAAGUCGACUUGCAGCAGACUCUGACCUCAGUGUGCAGUUAUCAAACAUACAAACAGUCUUGUGUGUUGGAAAAGAGUGGUAUCGUUUUCCUUCAAGCUUUUUCUUACCUGAUGGAUGGGAGUUAAGGUUUGUGAGAUCAGAGUUUAAAGGACAACUUCCUAAGCCAUAUAGUCAGUUAAAAAAUGCCACAAAAAUCAUUCCAGAAAAUAUGAAUGACAGAAACUUGGAGGAACCUACAAGAUAUAUUGAUAUUCAACACUGCGACUACCUCAUAGACUCUGACUUUUCUGAAGAGACAGAGAGAGAACCACGGUACUCUCACCUACAUGAAGUAUGGGAGAUUGUAUCUACUACUCCUUUUCUAGAUUCAUCACGCUCACCACGUCUAUAUCGAUCCUUCUACAUUCCUUUUCUGACAGAAGCAAAAUGUAAUUAUGUCAGUUAUAAUCUCCUAAAAAGGAAAGAACAAAUUAAGAAAAGAGAACCAAAGAAGUUUGGAUGGCGAGGUUGAAUAUUUCUUUUGCAAAAUGUAAACAACCAAUCUUUUAAUAAAAAGAUAUUAUUAUA